AUGUCAAUCGGAAAGCAAAGAAAACGACCGCUGUUAUCCGAGCAGUCCAUUAUGAAUAUCUUUACGAUAAAUUGGACACGCAGAACGUUGAUAGAAAUCUAUAUCGACUUGUCAAAAGCUCACACCAACUCACAGAGGAUUUCGGACAGUUCUUUUGCGUUAAUAACAAGAUCGGUGCCUUGCUUACAGACGGACGAGCCGCGAAAAACACUACCGACAUUUGGAGCAACUCCACCUGUGAGCGCGACGGAAAUAAAGGAAGCAGUAAACCGAAUACAAUCGGGACAAAAAACAGAACUUGACGAUAUCGCAUCUGAAUUCUAGAAAGCUCAGUGAAUUCUUCAAUCUGGUUAUUGAGGAAGACCGGACACCAUCUGUCUUGCAAGA